AUGAUCUCCCGAACUUGGCUCCUCGCGCUCUUGCCGCUCAGUUUCGCGGCUGGGGCAGUUAGCAGGACGACUAGCUUGGACGGGAUCUAUGCCCUCGCGAAGCGACGCGUUCCAGCCCAUGCGGAGUCCUUUUCCUUUUCUCUGUCAACCGGUGAAGCCGACUCCUUCGUGGUCAGUGACGUACCUGGGGGCAUCCACGUCGAGUGCACUACCGUGUCCGCCUGUGCUCGUGGUUUCUACACGUACCUGACGCAGUAUGGCUGCACUGACAUCUGGUGGACCGGCUCGCGGCUGGGUCAGCUCCCUCCAGACCUGCCAAAGGUUGGGACUCCAAUCAAGGGUCAAGCCAUUGUUCCAUAUCGGUAUCACUUCAACACGGUCACGUUCAGCUACACGACCCCAUUCUGGAACUUUGACCAGUGGGAAUUGGAGCUAGAUUGGCUCGCGCUCAGAGGGGUCAAUCUUCCACUCGCCUGGAACGGUUACGAGUACAUCCUCAUCGAGACUUUCCGCGAAGUAGGACUGAGCGACGCCGACAUCUUCUCAUUCCUCUCUGGUCCGGCCUUCCAAUCAUGGAAUCGCUUCGGAAACAUCCAAGGCAGCUGGGGCGGCGACCUUCCCGUGACUUGGGUUGACGACCAGUUCCAGCUCCAGAAACAGAUCCUGCAGCGUAUGGUGGAGCUUGGCAUGACGCCCGUCCUCCCUUCGUUCACUGGUUUCGUUCCCCGCGCGCUGUCUUCGCUCUACCCCAACGCCUCCAUCGUCAACGGCAGUCAGUGGGAGGGCUUCCCCACCGCUCUCACCAACGAUUCUUUCCUGGAGCCCUUCGACCCCCUCUUCACGACGAUCCAGACGUCGUUCAUCUCGAAGCAGCGCGAAGCCUAUGGCAACGUCUCUCACAUAUACGCCCUCGACCAGUACAACGAGAACGACCCCUUCAGCGGCGACCCCGCGUACCUCGCCAACGUCACUGCCGGCACCUUCGCCAGUCUGCGCGCUGCGGACCCGGAUGCGGUCUGGCUCAUGCAGGGCUGGCUGUUCUUCAGUAGCGCCGCGUUCUGGACGAACGAGCGCAUCGAGGCGUACCUCGGCGGCGUGCCCGGGAACGACAGCAUGAUCAUCCUGGACUUGUACUCGGAGGCACAGCCGCAAUGGAACCGCACCUCGUCGUACUACGGCAAGCAGUGGGUCUGGUGCGAGCUGCACGGGUAUGGCGGCAACAUCGGCAUGGAGGGCGACCUGGACGCGCUCACGCAGAAUCCCAUCGCUGCGUUGCACGCUCCAGGUAGCAGCAUGAAGGGUGUGGGCUUGACUAUGGAGGGCCAAGAGGGCAACGAGCUUGUCUACGACAUUCUACUUGACCAAGCGUGGUCGUCCGCUCCGUUGAACCUCAGCUCCUACGUCGACCAAUGGGUCGCUCGUCGGUACAACGUGCGCCGCCUCCCCAAGAGUGCCCUUGACGCAUGGCGGACGCUUGCUACUACGGUCUACAGCAACAAAGACUCUGGCACACAAGCGGCGAUCAAGAGCAUCUACGAGCUCGCGCCCGCUCUCACUGGCAUGACAAAUCGCACCGGGCACCACCCUACAGCCAUCCCGUACGACACGAACAGCACCGUCCUCGUCGCGGCGAAGGCCCUUCUCGAAGCACGCUCAGAAAAUCCCCUCCUCGCCACCAUUCCCGAGUUCGCAUACGAUGUCGUCGACGUCACGCGGCAGCUGCUCUCCAACCGCUUCAUCGACCACUACAACGUCCUCGUCGCGACGUACAAUUCCAACGCGACCGCCCCCCGCAACGUCGCCGCGGCCGCCGGGCCGCUCCUCGCACUCCUCGACGACCUCGACGAGCUGCUCGCGACGAACGAGCACUUCCUUCUCAGCAACUGGAUCGCGGACGCCAAGCGCUGGACGCAUGGCGCGGACAGGGCGGCGUACGCCAGGCUCCUCGAGUACAACGCGCGGAACCAGAUCACGCUCUGGGGCCCGGACGGGGAGAUCAACGACUACGCGUCCAAGGCGUGGGCCGGGCUCGUCCGCACGUACUACAAGCCGCGCUGGGAGGCGUUCGUCGAGUACCUUGCGCAGACGAAGGAAGCGGGCGCGGCGUACGACGCCCACGUCGUCUCAGCCAAGAUGAUUGCGAUUGGCCAGCAGUGGAGUAAUGGGACGUGGGGAACCGGGAAGGGCGAAGGGUGGGGGACUCGGGGAGACACAUCCGCAGUUGCUGCAAGGCUGGUGGAGAAGUGGGCCUAGGAUCGACAGAUGCGCUUUCGAUUUUCGCUAGAUCCGUUGAGAUACCUCCGUAAAAUAGGGCUUUGAGGCAUCUAAUCGC